CCUCCCCCCGGGGCUCCAGACUGGGGCGAAGUAAACAGCGGGCGGCGCGGGGCUGUCCGAGCCAGGCCCGGUGGGAGCUUGCACUCUCCUUGGGGCCAGUGCUGCUGCUCAGAGGUCUUUCCUGCAAAACCCCGGGGGUGCACAGCUAGGAUAAUGCUUUAGGAAGACCCUAGGCCUAGGGACCCAGGCCCCGCUGAACUGGGGGCGGGACUUCGGACGAGAGCAUGCUGGGGCUCCGGGGGCCGCGGCUCCCCGCUGCGGGGAUCCUGCUCCUUUUGCCCUUCUUGCCGCCGCUGCUGUUGCCUGCAGCCCCCGCGCCCCAUCGCACUUCCUACAAGCCGGUCAUCGUGGUGCACGGGCUCUUUGACAGCUCAUACAGCUUCCGCCACCUGCUGGAAUUCAUCAACGAGACACACCCUGGGACUGUGGUGACAGUACUUGAUCUCUUCGAUGGGAGAGAGAGUUUGCGGCCCCUGUGGGAACAGGUGCAAGGGUUCGGAGAGGCAGUGGCCCCCAUCAUGGCAAAGGCCCCUCAAGGGGUGCAUCUCAUCUGCUACUCACAGGGGGGUCUGGUGUGCCGGGCACUGCUCUCUGUGAUGGAUGAGCACAAUGUGGAUUCUUUCAUCUCUCUCUCCUCUCCACAGAUGGGACAGUAUGGAGACACGGACUACUUGAAGUGGCUGUUCCCUACCUCCAUGAGGUCUAACCUGUACAGGAUCUGCUAUAGCCCCUGGGGGCAGGAAUUCUCCAUAUGCAACUACUGGCAUGACCCCCAUCACGAUGACUUGUACCUCAAUGCCAGCAGCUUUCUGGCCUUGAUCAACGGGGAGAGAGACCAUCCCAAUGCCACUGCGUGGCGGAAGAACUUCCUUCGUGUGGGCCGCAUGGUGCUGAUUGGGGGCCCUGAUGAUGGUGUUAUUACCCCCUGGCAGUCCAGCUUCUUUGGUUUCUAUGACGCAAAUGAGACAGUCUUGGAGAUGGAGGAGCAACCGGUUUAUCUUCGUGAUUCUUUCGGGUUGAAGACUCUCUUGGCUCGGGGGGCCAUAGUGAGAUGUCCAAUGGCUGGGAUUGCCCACACGGCCUGGCACUCCAACCAAACCCUUUAUGAGACCUGUAUCGAACCUUGGCUCUCCUGAGGACAUCCCCAGGGAUCCCAUAGGAACUCCCUGGUCCAGAGACCAAGUGGUGGCCUUGGAAAGCAGAUGUCAAGCUUUGUUGUGCCCGUGACCACGGCAUUGCUUGCACACUGCCCCCACCAAUCAGGGCUCCCAGGACCCCCUCCUCUGCUCUGUGAAUGACAAAUCCUGGUCUCCCCCACCUCAUGUCUUCAUUUGGGGUUGCUCCAUGCUCUCCCAUCCUCCCAAGGCUGAGGUUGGGAAGUGGGAAACCAGGUUUUUAACUUGUGGCUGCUCCUCCAUCUCUGGCUGUACAGGGGGAAACCCAGCCUGCUCACCACAGGAGUCUCCUCCCAGGCCGCUCAGGACAUUGCUCGCUUCUGUCCUCACUGAACUCCCCUGUCAUCAGCCCAUGAGAGUGGGGUCCUGUGGCUCCCCUAUGGGGACAGUUUCAUUCUUGAAGUGUCAGUGUUGGGGAAUAUUUGUGGCCUGUGAGGCCCAUCUCAGGUUUGGGGAUCCCCCAGUCCCUAUGUUCAGUGUUGGGGUACCCUCUGGAGCCAAGUUUCUUUGAGGCCCCAGCCCCUCUUUUAGCUACCCUUGAGUGGGUGUUACCCCUAUAUUUAU